AUGUCCAGCAGGUACCACAAAGCGGCGGCCGAUGGCAACGUGGACCUGCUGAAAGAGGCCACCAGGAAAGACCUCAACACUUCAGAUGAAGAUGGGAUGACUCCCACCCUUCUGGCAGCCUACCACGGGUACCUGGAAGCUCUGGAAGUCAUUUGCAGGAGGGGGGGUGACCCAGACAAGUGUGACAUCUGGGGGAACACGCCCCUGCACCACGCUGCCUGCAAUGGCCACAUCCACUGCGUCUCCUUUCUGGUCAGCUUCGGGGCCAACCUCUUUGCUCUGGACAACGACCUGCGCACCCCCCUAGAGGCAGCUGCCAGCAGGGACCGCCGGGAGUGCGUCCAGAUCCUGGACAAAGCUGCCACCGAGCAGAACCUGCUGAACCCAAAGAAGGUCUCCAAACAAAAGGCACAGGCCCAGAGGAACGUCGAGAGACAGAUCAAGGAAUGUGAGAAGCGCCAGGAGAAACACCAGCAGGAAAUGAGCAGGAAUUAUGGUAAAGAAAAGGUUGGCACCGUGAAUUCUUCCAAAGGAACGCACUCCAGGGUAAAGUUGCCUGGGUUAUUUGCUUCAAAUGCCACAAGUACUUUAACCAAAACCCUGAAAGAUACCUUGAAACUCAAGACAAAAAAGACAGCCGACAGCACAAGGCAGGAAACACAAAGAAAUGACCAAGAGGAUGAUAUGGGUAGGAAAAGUGUGAUGCAUCUGUUUGAUGAGAAAGAAGAGGAUGAAUUACUGAAUGACCUUGGAGAGAAAAGCCUUGCUGGUAAUGACAGUCAGCUCUCCAUUUUUCAGCGGCCAGGUCUUGGCAAGAUUGUGUUUGGAAGGAAUUUGGCUGCAGAGGUAAAUCCUGAAACUGUGUCUUCUGAGAAAGAAGGUAUAAGAGAUAAAAUAGCCAGUGAGCUCUUUCAGCAUGAAAACACUGAGAAUGGCAGGGAAGAUGAUGCUGAAAACAGUGCUGAUGUCCCUUGGAAUGAGGAAGAAGUCGUUUGGGAUGAUGAGGAAACAGAGAAUACGCCCCUUGAGGUAUUUCUGGCAUCACAGAUGCUGGAUGAGUUUCUUCCAGUCUUCAUGAGGGAAAAAAUUGAUUUAGAUGCCCUGAUGCUAUGUUCUGAUGAAGAUCUACAGAGCAUUCAGAUGGAGCUUGGGCCAAGAAAGAAAGUCCUGAAUGCUGUGAAUAAAAGAAAACAGGCACUCGAGAACCCUGGAAAAACUGUAGAUACUUGCUUAUAAAUUAUGCUGUUGUUACCUACUGAUUCAUUAACUUUCCUUUUUUCCAGUGUCCAAGUCUUUUCAGAAGUCUGCUAAAGCAAAAGGCAGAGAGGUUACCAAUUGCUUUAGGAAGUACACCAGGGAUAACAUUUUU